CCCCAGAACACGGCCGCCCUGUCCGGUGUCAGUGCGGCUGGGCGAGGGCGGUACCCCGUUAGGGCAGCGAUCCCACGGGGUAGGGAAGGAGAGCUGCAGAGGGACCCGCGCCCUUCCCCCGCUCAGAGAGGGAAGCGAGUUUGGCCAGCCGGCGGGUGAAAGCGACGUUCCCCAGUCCCAAAGGGAGGGGCGGAAUGGACGGGCCCCUUCCUCCCCGGGAGUCUGCAAAAUUCAUUGCAGAGAACAGUCGGGAUGUGUUCAUCGACGGCGGAGGCGUGCGGAGGGUGGCCAAGCUGCUGCUCGCCAAGGCCUCGGGGCCCGAGCUGCGCCUGGGGGGCUGGAAGGCCCUUCACGAGCUGAAUCCCAGGGCGGCCGACGAGGCCGCGGUCAACUGGGUGUUCGUGACAGACACGCUCAACUUCUCCUUCUGGUCGGAGCAUGAGGAGCACAAAUGUCUGGUGGGGUACAGGGGGAAAACGUACAGCGGGUACUGGUCCCUGUGCGCCGCGGUCAAUAGAGCCCUCGACGAAGGGAUCCCGAUAACUAGUGCUUCCUACUAUGCCACAGUGACCCUGGAUCAGGUUCAGCACAUAUUCCGUUCUGACACGGACGUUCCCAUGCCUUUGAUAGAAGAGAGGCAUCGGAUUCUUAAUGAAACCGGGAAAAUUCUGCUUGAGAAGUUUGAAGGCUCUUUUCUUAAUUGUGUCCGAAAAAGUGAAAAAAGCGCUCAGAAGUUAAUGCACCUGGUAGUCGAAAGCUUUCCUUCUUACAGAGAUGUGACUCAGUAUGAGGGGAAGAAAAUUUCUUUCUACAAACGGGCCCAAAUCCUCGUGGCAGAUACGUGGAGUGUGUUAGAAGGAGAAGGAGACGGCUGCUUUAAGGACAUCUCCAGUAUCACCAUGUUUGCUGACUAUAGAUUACCUCAGGUUCUUGUGCACCUGGGAGCCCUGAAAUACUCAAAGGAACUACUGGAGAAGCUUCUCAAAGGAGAAAUGCUCUCGUAUGGGAAUAGGCAAGAGGUGGAAAUCAGAGGGUGCUCACUGUGGUGUGUUGAACUGAUCCGGGAUUGUCUUCUGGAGCUUAUUGAAAACAAGGGUGAAAAAACCAGUGGCGAGAUCAAUUCCAUUCUUCUGGAUUAUUACUUGUGGGACUAUGCCCGUGACCACAGGGAAGAUAUGAAGGGAAUUCCGUUUCAUCACACGCGUUGUAUUUAUUACUGAUCCAAAGUGUAAACUGAUCCAAAGAAAACUCCUUGCAUUUUUAUAUCCCAUAAUCACUUGCACAGUUGUGCCUUGGUACUAAGAGAAGGUGGCAGAGGUUAUAGCAACAAGAAAAUUGAUUACCAAGUCUCACUUAAAAAAAAAAUGUUUCCUGACAUAUCACUCUGUAUUCCCAACUUUGCCUUCUUGUUGAGUUUUGGUCAUAUUUUCUCUUUCUGUGGACACAUGACAGGAGUGUGAAGGAACUGUAAUGCUUUCUUUAAAUCUCAGAUUUCUUAAAAUGAAUCAUGCUUUAUAAUGUGAUUACUCUUCAGUGAUAAUAUUUCAUCCAUUCAACUGGUAUUUUUCCUCAAGAUGUGGUAAUUUCCUACAUACCUUAAUCAUGUGAUAUGACGGGGGGUGAGGGGGUAGGGUCUUUGCUGUCUGAAUGCUGCUGCUCUCGUACAAAUCAAUCUUGACAGCUAAUUUUAAACGUUUUAUUGGUAUUGACAGUGGGUUUUGCAGCUUAGGAGAUCUGUCUAGAAUUCUUUUUUUUUUUUUUCCAGAGCCACUAUACUGAAAUUGAAUAAAGAUUUUAAAAUUUUUUCUUAA